CCACCUUGGUGCUCUUGGUGCUAGCCUGCCAAAACUUUCAUCACUGCUGGGUUCCACUUCAUGUCGUUGGACGUUACGCACACAGACACGGUUUCGUUUAUGUGCGUGCCUCCAGUGUGACAGGUGAUAGAUACAAAAUUCCACCUCGUCGGAAAUUUUAUCGCUAUUGUCUAUACCCUUAUAAACUUUUAAAGCAAAAAAUACAAGAUUUUGUAUCGAACUGCUUUGUAGUGGGUCUUGUUGACAAUGAAUAUUUUACCACAUAAAAGUUGGCAUGUUCGAACAAAAGCGAAUAUUGCUCGUGUACGACGGGAUGAAGCAAAUGCCGCAGAAGAAGAAAGAAUCAAACAAGCUCGAAUUCAAAAAGCUGAAACAGAAACGAGAAUAAAUAUAUUAAGACAUCAGGCAAGGUCCAAAUAUGAUGGUCGUGCUGAGACUGACAACACCAGCGAAAAAUUAGAGCAUGUAAAUUUUUUUGCUGAGCUUGAAGAAGGCAAAAUUGAUUAUAACAGACCAAAUAAGGAACAUGAAAGAGAAAAGAAAGAAGAGAAAGAAAAAUAUGAAAAGCAAAUUGGAUAUCUGACAUAUUUAGGUCAAGAUACUAAUGAAGCAACUGGAAAGAAGAAUUGGUAUGAAGAAUUACCAAAAAGAUUAACAGAUACAGAGAAAGAUAUAGAGGUGGGAAUAAGGAAAAAAGUUCUAGAUGACCCAAUGAUUGAUAUGAGAAAAUAUCUGAAUAUUAUGCGUUCUAAACCUGAAGAUUGUUCAAAAAUAAAGAUUGAAAGUGUUAGAAAACGUUGCGACUCUGACAAUUCUCAUUCAGACCAAGAAAGUCACCGUACACUUAAAAAAUGUAAGAAAGAUAAAAAACAUAAGAAGCAUAAGAGAAGCAAAGAAUCUGAGAGGAAAGAAGCUAAGAACCAGAAUAACAUAAAUAUAGAAAAAUUAAGAGUAGAGAGAAUGCUUAGAGAGCAAAGUGAAAAACUGAGGACAGAAGCUCUAUUGGCCAAAGUAAAAGGAGAGCCAGUGGGUGUUAUACCAGAGACUCCUAAACCUACUAUAAGACAGAAAUAUAACUCGCAAUAUUUUCCUGAACUUGCUAGACAAAAUGCAGAAAGAACACCUAAACACAUGUAUAAUUUAGACAAAAUGUGAUAUGCAAUUUGUAAAUUAAAAACAUUUGUUAUAAAUAUGUAAUAGAUUAUGUAUUCUCUACUUAAUAU